GCAUUCAGUUAUAAUCAGAGAUUGCUAGCGAGAAGUUUGCACAGUGUGUACAACGAACGAGUAAAAAUUCGCCUGUUGUUACAAAACGUUCAGAAACAAACAAAAUACGAUACAUUCUAAGAGAUCGUUCAAAAGCAUCAAGUGCCUAGUUGAGUGUGCAUAUUGACAAUUUCAUCGGAUCAUAUCUCUUGAAACCAGAACAAUUAAAGUUGGUGAUAUCAUCUAUACAAAUUUCGUACAGGACACCAUUCUAAAAGCUAUUUACGAACGCGUACUAUCGACAAAUUCGAGACACUGUAAUUGGCAUCCAAAUUAAGGAGCAAUCAACCUGUGUGCGACGUCAAUAAAAAAAAUCUUCGCCGAAAAAUCAGCAGAAAGAGUGUUGCGAUUAUCAUAACCAUAAAAAAAGGCGAAGCCCACGAAAAAACGCGUCCGGAAUUCAAAACUAAGAGAGAACGGAAAGUGAAUAUAGAAAGCAAUCACCUCCGUUGAUCUUCGAUAUAACAAUUCACUCACAUUAAACGACCCAACAAAACCGCAAAGUUACGUUACUCUCUACGACAAGUCGAGUCAAAUAAAUACAGCGACAGUUUUUUUUUCCUCUGUGAGUGUCGAAUUGAGAGAAACAAGAAUAACAUACGGGCCGCAAUCAGGUGACUUUGAAAUUUACUGAAUUGUGCGGCUAUGAUAACCAGAUGAGUUAUCAGACGAAAAAUACACAAGUUCGAAAUUAAUUAAUUAAUUAUUGGCGCAAAAGACAGUUACUCCUGUCUCUUCUUCUAACGAUCGACGAUCUUUUUUUUACUUCUCCAUUUUCGAGCGAGAAAAGAGUUGAAUUCUCUAUUUUAUUGAUAUUGUAUUCCAAUAUCGCUUUCUGAAUCAGUGCUUUUGAUCACGUCGACACCAAGGAAUCGAAGUCUCUUUUUUUUUACUGUCGUGAGAGGUCAUUAAAGACUUGGACAAAAAAGAGAGAGAGAGAAAUACAAACAAAACCAUUCGUAAUUUGUUUAUGAACCUUCAACGAAUAUCAGAUUUGCUUUCGAUUCGAAAAUUUUUGUAAUUUGUUUCUUUUUGUACGAGAAUAAAUCGAUAAAACCCAAAAAGAAAAAAAAACACGCACACACGCACACAAUACACAACGACAUAUUCCUGCAACCAUUCCAGACGAAGCAAGCAAAGCGUAGCCAAGUUGUAAAAUCAAAGCAAAAUGAAGAGUUUUUGUGCAUUUGUGCUUAUCAGCGCGACCGUUCUGUUCGAAGCUGUCAUUGGUCAAUCUCAACUACCUCAAUAUAGUACCAGGUAUAAUAACCUGAACAUUGAGCAAAUCUUGUCGAGUGACCGUUUAGUGACAAAUUACGUGGAAUGCUUACUGAGCCGUAAACCCUGCCCACCCGAGGGAAAAGACUUGAAACGUAUAUUGCCAGAAGCUUUACGAACAAAAUGCGCCCGUUGCUCACCGCAACAGUUGGAAGGUGGUUUGCGUGUAAUCACCAAGCUUUACUACGACUAUCCCACACAAUACAAUCGUCUUCGAGCCAAAUGGGAUCCAACCGGUGAAUACCAUCGUCGAUUUGAGGAAUACCUCCGCGGAUUGCAGUUCAACACCAUCAACAAUGAUUCGUCACCGCAACCAACCACAGCAACCAACAACGGACCAAAGACACCAUCGAUUGUUGCAUCUGCAUCAUCAAACAAUCAAAAUGUCAUCCCAACGGCAUUGCCCACGGCAACGGAUCUAUUUAAUAAUACACAAAGACCAGCACGUAAUCCGGAAAUUGCACAGAAUCCAAGCACAAAUAUUCGUACAACAAAUUCGGUUGCACCCUCGAAUGGUGUUUUCAAUCGGUUUGGAGGUGAUGAUGAUGACGCAUUUGGUGGUGAUUCGGCUGUUGUUACUCAAUCGGUAGCGACGGCAACAACACAGCGUACAAUGCCCACAUUAGCAGCGGUACCAUCACAACGAGCCACGCAAGGGACAACAAAACGACCAAAGCGUCCAAAUGUUGUAAAUGAAGCACCAGCCACGGUAAGACUGCAUAAAAACACUAAUAAAGUUGUGAGAAAAGCACAUCAACCAUCAGAGGUCGAAUACACGGUUUACACAUUCCAAGCUCAGCCGGAUGUGGUGUAUAUUCAAACGCAACACCCGUUGGUCGGUUUGAUAAAUUCCAUCGGUUUCAAAAUCUCAAGCACCGCCGACUUUUUCGCCGGCAUGUUGCGAGGAACCAUUCAGAAAUGGUUCAUAAUUUAAUUUCUAAUAUGAUGUGGUGUACUGAUGAUAAUUUAGUAUCUGGUUUUUAUUAAAUAAAACGUAAAUGUAGUAGAUCGAAUAUGAAUUGCCGUUUUAGGCAUGAUAAAAAUCGCACAAAAUGGGAUUUCGAAGUAAAAAAAAGAAACAAAUAUGAACACACACACACACACACACACGCAGUGACCGAAUACAUUUUUAGAAAACAAACAUUCUAUGCAACUUUGUACAUUUUUUUUCUGGGGCGGAUGAGACAUAUUGGAUCCACAUUAAAUAUUAACAUUUAUGUUUUUUUUUCUGUACACACAACGAUCAAAUUCUUUUCCCCGAAGCAAAACAUAUAUGAAUGUCCGAGAAUGGAAACGCAACUUCUAUUCACAACACAUAUAAGUGAAACAAAAAUAAAUUUUUUUAUUGAAAUGAAACAACACAAUCGAAUUUUUUCAAAAUGUAACAACAAAAAAGAUUUUUUUAAAGUGUAACAUCGGUAUGUUGUUACACUUACUACAUACCGAUGUUACACUUUAAAAAAAUCUUUUUUGUUGUUACACUUUGAAAAAAUUCGAUUGUGUUGUUUCAUUUCAAUAAAAAAAAUUAUUUUUGUUUCACUUAUAUGUGUUGUGAAUAGAAGUUGCAUUUUCAUUCUCGGACAUUCAUAUAUAUUUCAAUUAACGAAGCGAUUGGGUGAAGAAAAUUUGGAUGUCGGUUUAUAUUUUCUCAAAAAAGUAACAAGAUAUGUAUUUAGUUUUAGGUAACGAUUUAAGUAAUCAACAAAACGUCAAUAACAAACUUUGUUCUAGAUUGGUGUAUAUCGUCUGCCGUUGGCACAUGAUUGAAAGGUGAAUGUUUUGUUUUUGUUAGAGAGGGGAAAAAGUACAGUUUUAAAUUGAAUCUCGCACACAUGCAACAAAGUCAUAUUAAUAGAGAAAGAGUCUUCCACUCGAGAUAAAGAGAAAAUAUUGAGUUUACUGUAUCUAUUUGUUCGAUAAGAAUUUGAUAGAAUUAUUGGAUGAAUACUUCUAGUGUGCGAUGCCGUUUAGGAUAGGAAUAUAUUUAUUUUUGUUUCUUGUGCUGUUUAUCGUGCCUAGAAAAAGUUUCAGUUGAAUGUUUGAAGACGAAAAUAGAACACACACAGCUUUUUUUGGAUUCAGCUGAACAUACACUGAGAAAAGGUUUUCUGAAGGUUUUUUGGUGGUUAUAUCGUAUUGCAAAUAAAGUUGGACGAUUCACAAAAUCCAUAUAAAAAAGAUUGGAAACUAACCAUUUACAAACGCCAUCUGUAAUUUUUUCAGAAAACUUUUUCUCAGUGUAUACACUGAGAAAAGGCUGGAAGGAAAUAUUCCAACAAGUGCGGGAAUGCUAUCGAAAUUCCAAACAUGGUUGGACAAUUCACAAAACCGUCUGCAAUGACAACAUUUACAACGCAGGGUUGGAAUAUUUCCUUCCAGCCUUUUCUCAGUGUACACACAAGAAAUGUGUAUAUAUAUUGUAUGUGUUUAAAAUUUUGAGGUAGAAUCGGUAAAAGCAAAUUAUGCAAACUAACAAUCAUUGUUCCGAAUUGUAUGAAAUAACAACGUAACCGAAACGUACUUAUUUUGUUUAUGGUAUUGGCUUCCGAACGGAAGUGCCGGUGCAAAAAUUAAUUGUCCCUUAAAUAAUGACAUGUUUUAUGUUUAUUUUCAUCAAUAUUUUUGCUUCGUUCGAAAGUUGGCUUCGUAAUUGCAAAUUAAUACUCACAAUGUCAAUAAGCCAUUUAUCAUAUGUCCAAGUGGUGAAUUACUAAAAAUUAUACACCCAAAAAUAAACAAACGACUAACAACAAUCCAUAUGGAAAGGACAUUUUUGGAAAUUAAUGUUUAUGUGGCUAAAAGUAUCUACCCAAUUAGAAAAAAACACACACAACAUUUUAAUACCCAAUUAGACAUGUCGCGCAGACAGAUAUUUUUUUUUCGGAAUUGUGAUUUUGUUAACACAGUGAAUUUUGAAAUGCCGAAACGUAUAAGUUUUGAUCAGUGAUAUUUUUUUUUCUUCUUUGAUUAUUUUCUCUUUUUUUUAUUUUUCCUUCAUUUAUUUAGUGAGUAGAGCCAAGAAGUUUAGUUCAUAAGGUAAAGCAAGUAUGCAAAAAUUGUCAUGCAAAUUUGUAGCGCUAGAACCAUUCAUGGAAAGCAAUAUUCAAUUAUAGUUGAUAUGUUUUUUUUUUAUUUUCAUAACAGAUAACUUUAGUAGCAAUUUUAUAAUAUUACUCUCUAUUUUGCGUCUGUGUACGACGGCAAGUAGGAUUUCGAUAGUGUUUGAUUUUUAGAUAAACAACAACAGAAAAUACUGGAAAAUUCGCAAGUAAACAGAGCGAGUAUUAUACCGCUUGAAACUUUCGCGCUCUUUUGAUGUAAUUCUGUUGAACCUUAUUGUAAACAAGUGUAUUAAUAAAGCAAAAAUUAUAUUCUUGAUACGAAAAAAAAGCGUAAAA